GUGCCGAGCUGUUGGCACACAAUGACGGCUUUUAGAGCUAACUAACAGCUCUGGCGCGGGGUUGCUAUUACGUACCUCUUCAUAGUCUCUUAUGACUCCUCAUCGGCUCGUAAAUAAAAAGCCUAUUUCCUGAGAUCUGAUUCUAGAAAAAGACAUCGAAUACAACAUAAUCUCAUAAAGCGAGUAUAUCAGAAACUCAUCGUGAAAAUGGCUGAACAACCAAGACUCGCUACCCUCGAUUCGACGAUCGUUGACCGACUCCCCCCCUACUCAAAGUUACUCUUCGACGCCAAAACCAAGCGCGGUCUAACCUUCGAGUCCAUCGCAAAGGAACUAGGACGCAGCGAAGUCGCCGUCGCCGCGAUAUUCUACGGACAAGCGCAAGCCUCCGCGCAAGACAUCGAAAAACUAGCCAACAUACUAGGACUUAAAGAUGUCGUCGAGACUUCGAUGAAUGUGAUUCCCGACCGUGGACGCGCUGGACCGAUGCCACCCGUAGAACCCCUCAUUUAUCGGUUGUACGAGAUCGUGCAGAAUUAUGGGUAUGCGUUUAAGGCUGUUCUGAAUGAGAAGUUUGGCGAUGGGAUUAUGAGCGCGAUUGCGUUUUCGUCGAAGGUUGAGAAGGAGGUUGAUAAUGAUGGUGUUACGUGAGUUGUUGCCCUUCCUUGGUGUGUUGGUGGGUAUUGUGGGUUCUGAUGCUAAUGAGAUGGCAGUUGGGUCAAUAUUACACUCCGAGGAAAGUGGUAAGUCUUCCUUUAUGAGACAUUCUGCUGUUUUCGUGUAUUUUUGUGACUAAUGUUGGAUAGGCUACCGUACACUCGAUUCUAAACGGAUGGUAUUCUGCACUAC